GUCGAUUUAAAAUCUUUAAAGAUCUUAAAAUCUUUAGCAGAAAAGAAGAAAGAUGAAGGUCUUCGUGUUGUUCUCAUUGGACCACCAGGCUCAGGCAAAGGAACUCAAGCUCCAAUUAUUAAAGAAGAUUACUGUUUAUGUCAUCUUGCCACUGGUGAUAUGUUAAGAGCCGCAAUCGAACAAGGUACUGAAACUGGUAAACAAGCUAAAACUAUUAUGGAUCAAGGUGGUCUUGUUCCAGAUGAAGUUAUGGUUAAUAUGAUUAAAGAAAAUAUUCAAAAUCCAGAAUGUAAAAAAGGUUUCAUUCUCGAUGGUUUCCCAAGAACUGUUCCACAAGCCGAAAAACUCGAUAAAAUGUUAUCAGAAGAUAAUAAAAAAAUUGAUCAUGUUUUAGAUUUUUCAAUUGACGAUUCAUUAUUAGUAAGACGUAUCACAGGUAGACUUGUUCAUCUCCCAAGUGGUAGAUCAUAUCACAGAGAAUUUUUCCCACCAAAAACCGAAAUGGUUGAUGAUGUAACUGGCGAGCCAUUAAUUCAAAGAUCAGACGACAACGCAGAGGUUUUAAAGAAGAGAUUAGAAUCAUUCCACAAAAAUACUAAACCAGUUCUUGGUUAUUAUCAUAAUAAAGGCAUUCUUUCAACUAUUGACGCCUCUCAAUCUGCCUCAAUUGUUUCAUCCACCAUUAAAUCAAUAUUUUUAAGCACCCUCCACUUCCCACACAACUCAUCAAUUUUCAAAACAUUCCUUCCAAAACCAAUCUUGGUCACAGAAUCCCCAGUCGCAGGCGAAACUAUUCCAGUUUCAUCAAAAUUAUAA